AUGUGCCAGCCGCAAGUUGAUUCAGAAGAUAUCGAAACUCUAGGAGAAUGUAUUGAUAAGUGGAAUGGCUUCUUGGUGUCUUUGUCAAUGGAUGAUAAAGUUAUCGAAGAAACCGUAUUUACGGUAAACCUACAUUUAUUGAAGCAUGUUCCCGACAUUAUGCGAAAGCUAGGCCCAAUGCACUCUUACAGCGCUUUCGCAAAUGAAAGAGUCAUUGGCGAGUACAAAAAAAACAUCAAAUCGAAGAAGGAGCCAGGCAAGAACGCUGCCAACCUUAUGAAACAAUUUGCAGCGAGGCAUCGUUUGGAUCGGCUGAUAAAAUUACGCAAGGACAUGCAAGAUGAUGUUGAUGAAGACUGCCAAAGACAUCAAGUUUUGACUUUGGGUAGCGAUGAUAGUGAGGAAUUGUGGGGCCCGAUCCGCCAAAUGACUAUUGGGCAGUUUUCUGCUGCUGUUGGCGUGGACGUUAAGAAGUACUUGGAGAAGUACUAUAGCACAUUUGAAAAGCAAAGUGUCAUUGUCAGCAACGAAAAAAGGGUUGAACUUGCGAGUCAUCUAUGGACACCUGAUGGCUCUGUAUAUGAUUGUUCAUCUUUCCCCACAAAGUCGAAAAAACGUACAAGGCCAUCAAGUUACGCUACCAAAAGAGAAAGUUUUUUUGUCAAGAUCCUACUUACUGUUGACACCAACCCACCUCGGCGACCAGUCAAACUAGAACGCAGAGCUUUUUUCGGAGAAGUGCUAUGCUAUUUCCGCCAUUACAUUGGUUCAAAACCUCGGCUACUUGCACUUAUGAGAAUGAAGGAGGUCUAUGACGAUUGCAAUCAUGUAUGGCCCAUAUUACGAAAAGCAGAUCGGAUGAUGGUUGUCGAUGUAUCUAGCAUUGCUUGUAUCUGUGGUAGGAUUGAAACAACUAUAGAGCGUUCGUAUGUUUAUUGGUCAUACAAUACGGCGCACGAAGCUGAGGUGGGGUCACUCAAUAUGCUUUAA